AGCGCGGACUCGACUGGGCGCUUGUGAAUCUCCUCGCUUGGAGCUCAGACAGCAGGCAACACAGGCAGCUAGCACGGCAGAGGAACAGGCAUGUCGGAGGGGAAGAAGUCUAAGUCGAAACCGCCGCCCAUCCGUAUCGGAGGCUCUGAGUCGCAGGCCGCGGACUGCACUGAUGGUGGUUUCAUCUCCGGAGUGGGCAGCGUGGCAGAGAUAGACCAGCAGGUGCGGGCGGUGGAGGGGAUGGACGAACUGACGGAGGAGCAGCGGAAGAACCUGAUGGAUUUCCUGGAGCAGAAGAGAAAGAUCAUAAACCACGGAGAGCUGCGGGACCUCCACUUUGAAAGGCUGGACGAACUGGGGUUUGGGAAUGGAGGCGUGGUCUUGAAGGUGGAACACUCUCCAUCGGGUCUCGUCAUGGCUCGGAAGGUCAGGAAUAACUGUGACGGUGUGUGUGAGUGUGUGUGG